UCUGAGCGUCAGUCAUAUGUGCUAGACUCUAGAGAAACUGCACCGGCAGCAGCAUCAGAGAAUAUGUUUGUUGAUAGACCUGCCGUGGACAAACAAACUGUCCUGAUAAACAUUACCUUCAUAACUACCUCUACCUUCCGAACCUUAACAGGACCCCUGGCGAUUGCCGUGCCUAGUGAGAUAUCUGGCAUGUACUCCGCGUGGAAGCGAUUUGGAAAGUUGCCUUGGUCUGAACUUUUUACAAAUGCCAUCAAGAUGGCUGAGAGAGGGUCGAAAGUUACACCAACUCUUGCCAAAGAGAUAAGGCUCAUUAGACCUUAUCUUGAUGAGAAGUUUGCCCUUAGAUCAAUUUUAGUAGACAAUAAAACAGGAGGGUGGAAGAAAGAGGGGGACAAAAUAGUGAGACCCGAGUUGGCAAACUUCUUGCGAUUAGUCGCCCAGGAAGGAGUCGGCCAACCCUCCCUCAAAGUGCUCAAGGCAAUGGCAGAUGACCUGGCGGAAAUGGGUUCCAUUAUCACUCUCAAUGACCUACUUAAUUACCACCCAAUGUGGAGAACACCCAUCAGAAUGCAGAUCAGACGUGGUCCGAUCGCGAAUGCAAAGACUGACUUCGAACUGCAUGCCGCACCUCCGCCAUCCAGUGGAGUCCUCGUUGGACUUGCGCUGAACAUGCUAGCAAAAUAUAAUUACGCUAACGAAAACGUCAAGCUCUGUGAAAGGGGAUAUCUCUACUACCAUCGGCUUCUUGAAACAUUUAAAUUCGCAUUCGCCAAGCGGUCUCAUCUUUCCGACGAAGCCUUCCUCUCCGAAAAUGCAAAGAAGCUAUUGAAACAGCUCCAAACACUCCAAUUUGCUGACAAACUUCAAUCCAUGAUUGUCGAUGAACACACACAGGACAUAAACUAUUAUGGGUCUGUGUGGUCCACUGGGAAUCAAGAAGGAACAUCCCACAUUAGCAUCCUUGCUGACAACGGAGAUGCUGUUGCAGUUACAUCCACCAUUAACACCAAGUUCGGGUCAAAGAUGAUGGGAAGAAGGACUGGUGUUUUAUUUAACAAUGAGAUGGAUGACUUCUCCAGUCCUAACACCAGUGACUACUUUGGUCUAGCACCAGCUGAGGAGAAUUUUAUUCGUCCUGGUAAACGGCCGCUCUCUUCCAUGUCACCAGUCAUCUUUACACACCCCACAAACGGCAGUGUUCGCCUCGUGAUUGGCGCCUCCGGUGGAUCAUUGAUUCUCACGUCCGUCAUCAACGUAUGUGAGAUAUUUACUAUUCCAGAACAAAUAUGCGAGUAUUCUGCUGGAAUGACUGAGCGAUAAGAUGCAAUUUGUUUUUUUGUCCAAUCUUCCCUUCAGUCGGCACUAAAUGACCUUUAUUUCAACCUGGACGUCAAGAAGGCAAUUGAUGACCCCCGUGUGCACCAUCAAUUACUACCCAAUCAUAUACUGCCCGACGCCAACUUCCCAAAGGGCGUUCUUGAACAACUGAAGAAGUUGGGCCAUAAGGUUGCUCCACCUGGACUUUUUGCUUCCGUUCAAGGCAUCGAGGUGAUUACAACGAAGGAUACCAGAGACAACCAGUUGAGAGCAAACGCUGAUUACAGGAAGGGUGGAGAAACGGAUGGGCUAUGA